GCAUGUACCGCGGUUUUCAUUUUGUUUGUCCGUCUCGCGGGCUUUGCUUUGUUAUGGCGGUCUCUUUCGAAACGUCUCAAAGUUUAGACGUCAACUGCUGAAACCUUUAAAUACCCACAUCGGCAACCCAAAGCAAGUUUAGGGCUCUAGCCGGGACAUAAACACCAUCAUGUCAUCUCCAGCUGGACUCCAGCACUUCCUUUCCCAGUGGAUGCCGAACAGCUCUCGCGCUGGAGUGAUAUUACAUGGAUCUCCGGGAUCCAUCCGCAGCAGCGGCAGUCCGGUGGUUCGCGACCCGGACGAUUCAUUCAGCUCCCAUUUUGCCCCGUUGCCUGUAUCCCUUUGCAGCAGUGUGGACACGUGCAGUCCCGGUGAAGUUGCCACGGAGCAGUUUGAUGCAUCUUUAAGCUGUGACAUGCAAAGUAUCCAAGACAUGUUAAGAAACACACGGGAUCUACCAUUAAUAGCUAAGCUUGAACAGCUGAAGCAAAUGCAACAUCGCAUGCAGGAGCAGCUCAAAACCCACCAGCAGGAACAGCAGCUUAGAUUGCAACACGAACAGCAAAGUCUUCAGAGAACAGCACAGAACACCACAGACAGCAGUAUGUGGAACAUAAAACAAAGUAUGGUAGAGCCGAACACUGAACAUGAUGACAGUAAUCAUGAAUAUGAAGACUCAUUUCAGUCCAUGAGUGAAGAUCAUACUGUGCACGGAAACGAGUGUGAAACUGAGCCACUAGACAGACCUAUCAGAUCCGGAUUUAGUGGGAAAACGUUUGAGGAAAUGCUGGAAGAGCAGCUCAGGAUGGAAGACCAGAAACUCACGGCCAAGAACGCUUCUGCUGAAACCGCAAAGGUAAAGAGGCCAUUUCUUAAACGAGGAGAAGGUCUGGCCAGGUUUACCAAAGAUAAAUCUGCUGCACUGUCUCACAGAAAACAUCCAUCUAACCCCAAGCCCCCUCCGUGCCCGAAUCCCAAAUCUUCCCAAGAUUCAGACAUGAGGUCCAAAAAGAACUCGAACAAAACCGAAGCCUUAAAAUCCACACAUCUUGUGAUCCAUCGCAAGACUGCCACGCUCAACAAAGAAAACGUUCCUCAGAACAAGACCACAAUGCCAGUUACCAAGACAACUGUUCGUCCUCCCGUUCUUGGUGCACACCAGGGUCAAAAUGUGAGCUCCAUCUCUGCUCCGUUCAAGAGAGACAGAAAAUCUGAACAAAAUGUCAAGAGCGUCACUACAACGGAUGCUAAUAAGAUGGGUGCGUGUAAUCGCGAGGAUGGUAACAACAUUGCGGAAAACUCAUUUGAAGUAUGGUUCGCAGAGCGGGGGACGCAUUGGGAGCAGGACCACCAGCGUGAAUGUGUUGAACUCGGAGAGUUUGAGUUGUUGGAACGAGCGGCCGACGAAAUCUCCUUUUCUAGCAACUCGUCUUUCAUCAGCACCCUUCUUCAUAGAGGUUGCAGGCGUCUCUCUUCCACACCAAUCAAAUCGUCAAAUCAAUCCACACCACCAAGUCGCACUGUUACAGAAGCUCCUGGUCCUGAGGUGGGUCACACUACAUCAGUUCCUCCUACAAACACUGUGAUAACAAGAGACGUUAAUACUUUGAAAGAGAAAGAUCUGAUGGGAGUGUUGUCUGAUGCUAAAAUGGAUGACAAAGAUCUCAACACCUCACUGUGCAGUAACUCAGAGUUGCAACCCCCCAUUUCUAAUCCACCCCUACGCCACUGCUUUCAAGUGCCCACUGUGCCUUAUGAUAAACGCACCUAUCAGGACAGAGAUGGAGUCAGCAGUCCAGAAGGUGACGAUGCAAAUUCCUGUAACAGUAAAGACUCUACUCUCAUAGACUCAAAGGGCCACUUAGAGUUUGAUGAUGAUGAUACCUGGAACGAACCUGAGGAAGUGGACAGCUGUCCUGUAGAGGAAUCUCCAUCUAAAAGGGCACUGAAAAGAAAAGUUGCCUUCUCUAAAGAUACAAAAUCAGCGAGUGUUAGUCCAAAUGCAGAAAAUGAGAACAAAGGUCUGCCUACAUGCCCAUUGGUAUCAAAGAUGUUUCCAGCACUAAAUCCGAUAGCCUCUUCUCCUGUGACGGUGCAGGCACCACAGAACAUGCAUAGCGAAGGAGCAGCUCAAUCCAGCCUGCUUCGUGAACGCUUGGUGGAGUUGGAAACGGAGAUCGAAAGGUUCAAACGUGAAAAUGCAGACUUGAGCAAACUAAAGCAGGAGAACCAGGAUGUGAAAGAGAAUCUCAGGAAAGAGAGGGCCGAGUUUGAAAAGAAGAGACUGGAGGACAUUGCAAAAUGGGAGGAGUUUAAAAGGGAGGAGAACAAAAAACUGCAACGUGAAAGAAAGCUUUUCGAAAAACAUGCGGCAGCUGUGAGAGCGAGACCUGACAAACAAGAACGAGAUGAGAUCCAGGCUCUAAAGCAGCAGGUGAAUGCACUGCAGGAGGAUUUACGCAAACGAGAGGCUCGGUGGAGCAACACGCACAGCCGUCUCCGGCAGCAGGUGGACGCCCUGAGUUCAGAGAACGCAUCACUUAGAGAUCAAGUGCGGACGCUGGAGAAACUACGCCUCAGUGUGUGGAAGAGUGCUGAGAAUGAGAGAGAGAAAAGGUCUUGUGCAUCAGGCAGUAAAAUAAGUGCUGCAUCCAUAUCAAAGAGUCCUUCCCAGAGUUCAAAAAGCAGCCUCAGCAAGAAUGGAAGUCCAGAGACUAAGAGCCCUCCAAAAAACUCUGGUCCUUACUCGGAGACAAUGAAAGAGAGUAUCGGCUUCAAAAAUGAUCACAGUCCUAUGGAAGGAUCAGAUGGACUUGAUUUGACUGAGAGCAACUUUGAUGCUUCACUGAUGAACUCCAUCCACACUGCUGCUACUGAACAUUCAAAGCAGGAACAAGAAGAGAUCAUGCAUUCAGACAAUAAGAUCGAGAAAGUGCUUCCUGACGGUGGUCGACUCAUCAUUUUCCCAAAUGGUACGAGGAAAGAGAUCUCAGCAGAUGGACAGACUGUCAAAGUCACGUUUUUCAAUGGAGAUGUGAAACACAACAUGCCUGAUCAAAGAGUGAUUUAUUAUUAUGCAGAAGCUCAGACCACACACAUCACAUACCCUGAUGGUAUGGAAGUGCUUCAGUUCCCUAACAAUCAAACAGAGAAACACUUCCCAGAUGGUCGUAAAGAAAUCACUUUUCCUGAUCAGACGGUGAAGAAUCUUUAUCCUGAUGGGAGGGAGGAAAGCGUACUUACAGAUGGAACAAUAAUACAGCUAAACCCAGAUGGCAGUAAGGUGAUCCAGUUUAAUACAGGCCAGCGUGAAGUCCACACUGCAGAUUUUAAGAGACGAGAGUAUCCAGAUGGUACUGUAAAAACUGUUUACUCUGAUGGACGGCAAGAGACACAGUACCCUACCGGUCGUGUGCGCUUAAAGGAUGCACAGGGUCACAUCAUUAUGGACACUAAAGCAUAAAAGCAGGAAAUGUAGACUUGAAUGAAUUUAUUGUAUGAAAGAAAAUGUGUGCAUUAUGUAUCUGAAUUAUUUAUUAAGAAUGUGAUUUUUGUGAAAAUAAAUUAUUUCAAGAUUUAAA